AUCCGAGGCAUUGGUUUGAACCAAAUGAUUCGUAAAGGGUUCGAAGCUUCAUGAAGCAGUGUUUCGAAAGCGCACAUCACUGCUGUAAAUACUGGACUUGUGUGAGCGUCAACUAGCCAAUGGGUGGCAGUGCAGUCUGUUCACGGUUUAAUCUGUUGCUGUUAUACUUUCAGAGAAGAAGAAGCGAAAGCACCAUCGGCUGUAUCGCUGCUGAAAGUAAAAGUUAAGCGUUUUAUUUUUAUAUAUUCAGAUAUUUGCUUUUCUUCUUAUCAGAUGUGAUGGAAGUAAAACUGUCGCAUUGAUCGUUUCUUUGGGUUCAAGGUAAACGCCCAUCACAGUGGAAGAAACAAAGUCGUCAUACAAGUUUUGAACAACAUAAGGUUGAGUACCGGAUAUGUGUAGCACGAAGGUUUGGCUUCACUAGCAGCAUUCACCACGGCGGGGGAUAUCCGACCCAUCGUGUGCAGGGUGGUUAUCUACCUACAGCGGGACAUGUCAGGAGAGAGCUGCCUGCACAAGCUCCAACCACAAACUGGGCCCAUUGUGUCAGUCCCUUCAGCGGCUUGUCCCAAGACUAAUGCUUGCACCUACCAUGGUGUAUCUGGCAAUAAAUAUGUGCAGCUCAAUGUUGGUGGAAACCUUUACUAUUCAACACUGCAAGUACUCACCCGGCAGGACACCCUGCUGAGGUCCAUGUUCAGUGGAAAGAUGGAGGUGCUUACUGAUAAGGAAGGUUGGAUUCUAAUUGAUCGCUGUGGGAAACACUUUUGUUCAAUUCUCAGCUAUCUCCGUGAUGGAUUUGUGACCUUACCUAAAAGCAGACAGGGUAUCAUGGAGCUCCUGGCAGAAGCCAAGUAUUACCAGAUCCAGGGGUUGUUAGACAUGUGCCAGAGGGCUCUGCAGGAUAAUAAAGAAAAAGCAUUAUGUGUUAUCCCAGUCAUAACAUCUCCUAAAGAGGAGGAGAGACUUAUACAGGGCUGCGUAAGGCCUGUUGUGAAACUGCUAUACAACCGGGGUAACAACAAAUAUUCCUAUACCAGCAACUCAGAUGACAACUUACUCAAGAAUAUUGAGUUGUUCGAGAAGCUGUCGCUGAGCUACAGUGGUCGUGUACUGUUCAUUAAAGAUGUCAUUGGAGAUGAGAUCUGCUGCUGGUCCUUUUAUGGUCAGGGCCGCAAGCUAUCAGAAAUCUGCUGCACAUCCAUUGUUUAUGCUACUGAGAAGAAGCAGACCAAGGUUGAGUUUCCAGAGGCACGAAUCUACGAGGAAACACUAAAUGCCCUGCUUUAUGAGACUCUCCCAGUCCCAGAUUACUCCUUGUUGGAGGCCACCCGCAGGCGUGACAAUUGUUGCUCACACAGUGAAGAGGAGGAAGCCGUGGAGCUGAAGGAGCGUGUGCGUCGCAUCCACAUCAAAAGAUACAGCACUUAUGACGACAGACCACUUGGACAUUAGCCUAACUGCUGUUUGAGGUUUUGCCACUAGUGCCUCAGUUUUCGCAUUGACUGUGGAGAACACUAAUUACCAGCACCAAUCUCUGAGAGAACCUAUUACCACUUUGUAAUUCACCGCCGGAACAGGUUGCUGCUUUGUUAAAUGGCUGUAAGAGGAGGCUUGACAAUCCUUGUUUGGGAUGAAAUGGCAAUAAUGUGAACUUUACAAAUAAGGUUGACUAAGGUUGAACAAGGUUUGCUGUCAGUUCCUUCAUUUGAAUUUAUUUACCUCAACAUUAAAAAAAUGUUUUAUGGAAAACACUUUAGAAAUUACUAAGCCUAAUCUUAGUACUUUUAUGUUUGAUAACAUAUUUCCAAAAUGAAUCUACCAAAUGUAUUACUCUUUCUGAUAACCUUACGGGAUCAUAUACUCCCGUAAAAUUGUAGUUCACUCAAAAAUGAAAACUCUCUCAUUUACUCACCCUCAUGCCAUCCCAGAUUUGUAUGAAGAUUAAGUUUUUAGAACAAUAUCUCAGCUCUGUAGGUCCAUACGAUACAAGUGAAUGGUGACCAAAACUUUGAAGCUCCAGAAAGCACAUAAUGGCAGCAUAAAAAUAAUCCAUACGAUUCCAGUGGUUUAAUCCAUGUCUUCUGAAGCGAUUCAGUUGGUUGUGAGUGGGAACAACCCAAAAUAUAGAUCUAUUUUCACUGUACAUCUUGCCAUUGCAGUCUUUAGGCACAAUCAUGAUUUCAAGCUCGAUUACACUUCCUAGUGCUUGAUGCAUGUGCAGAGCGCUAGAUGGCACAAGGAAGUGUAAUCGAGCUAGAAACCAUGAUCGCUAAGGAGACCGCUGAUGUCAAGAUUUGUUGUGAAAAAGGAGUUAUAUUUUUCGUCAGAGAAAGACAGUCAUACACAUCUGGGAUGGCAUGAGGAUAAUAAAUUAACAAAGAAUUGUCAUUUUUGGGUGAACUUUUAACAGUCAUGCCUUAUAUUAAUCGCCCAUACUGUGAUUUAAGAUGGUUCAUGUAAAAUAGGUUUGAUAAAAUGAAUUCAUGCAUUUGAACUUGGAGUGUUGCAUCAAGACAAUGACAUUGUUGUGUUUAUAAUUUCUCUAUUAUGAUGACAAGAAAUUUGCUUUUAACGUCUAAUGAAUAAAUGUGAACUGUAGA